UGUAAUUAUAGAUCUAGAGAUAGCUAGCUAGCUAGCUAUACUAAGAUCGGAUAGACUAAGAGUCUAGUCAUCUACAUGAAGUUAUACAGCCUGUUAUGUGUCGCUCUUCUCCUGAGGAUCGUCCGAGGAGAGGCCCUGAGCAAUUUUAUUCGUCACUACGAGCCUCUCACCUACGAUAGUGAGUCGUUGCUAUGGAACCAUCACAGAAUGAGACGCAGUAUGGUGGGAGAGAGGUCUCUAGAACUACAGUUCACUGCCUUUGGAAGGGACUUCAACCUGCUGUUGAAACCUGAGACCCGUUUCUUUCACAAGAACUUCACCCUAACCAUUGACGGACAGAAAUCAAGCAGUCAAUUGGCCAAAAUCCAUCUGUACAGUGGCGUUGAUCAAAAUGACCCUUCUGUUCGUGUGCAUGGCAACCUGGCUCAUGAGGUGUUUGACGGAACGAUUAUUGCCGAUGAGGAGAUGUACCAUAUUGAACCCUCGCGCAGAUAUCUUCGAGAUGCAAGUCACCACAGUGUCAUUUAUCGGCACUCAGAUCUUGACUUAUCCACUGUUUCCAGGGCAACCUGUGGCUCCUCCCAUGAAGCCUUACGCAGGGAGCUUCUACAAUUGCAAGACUCUGUCAUCCGUAGUGCUGAGUCAGCAAGACUUCAAAAACGCCAGACAACAGGGUUCGAUUCCACUCUGGUUAGAUGUUGGCUGUAUGCGAUUGCUGAUUACAAAUUUGUGACUGCUUUGGAAGCAGCUGGAGACAAUCCACUGAGCGUGAUGUCAACUAUUAUAUUGACGGGAAGCAGAAUAUUUGAGCGUACCGACUUUGACGAUGACGGGUUGGCUGACGGCAUUCAUUUUGGUAUUCUUGGUAUGGAGGUCGAGAACUCUCCUCCUGCUAGUGGCACUUUCUACGAUAACCAGUUUAUUAGCGUACUGGAAUUUCUCACCGAGCACUCGACAGCUGAUUGGUCGCAGUACUGUCUGAGUUAUCGGUUCACUAGUCGUGAUUUUGACAAUGGUGUUGUAGGAUUAGCGUACGUGGCACCACAACCUGGAGUCAAUGCGGCAGGUGGCAUCUGUGAGAACAUUCAGACCUUCCCUGGAGAUGCGAACCAGACCUUCUCUGGAGGUGUGAACCGGACCCUCAAUGCGGGGAUUGUGAGCAUCUUAAACUACAACACUCGCAUCCCUUCUGCCAUAGCCGCGUUCACCUUUGCACACGAGGCAGGACACAACUUCGGCUCAACACAUGACCCCCACCCAAUAUUACCUCUACCCCCACACAUUAUAUGA